AUGGACGAUUCUAUUCAACCCAAUAAGGGGAAUCAAGAUGACACAAUUGACGGCGCAAGUGUCCAAAGCUCCGCAACAAUUGUCAAUGAUAACCCCACUAGCAAGAAAGCACCAAACAACAACAAUGAGUGGGGGUUGCUGUCUCGCGUCCAGGAGCAACAUCAACGAGAUCUUACUUCCGGUUUUAAGCCCCAAGAGCUUGGUGUCACCUGGAAGGAUCUGAACGUGAAUGUUAUCAGCGCCGAUGACGCAGUUGUCGAGAAUGUGUUCUCGCAGUUCAAUAUUCCCACGCAUAUCAAGGAGUCGCGUAAUAAGCCUCCACUACGCACAAUUCUGAAAAACAGUCAUGGCUGUGUUAAGCCUGGCGAAAUGCUUCUUGUCUUGGGUCGUCCGGGCUCGGGCUGCACCACAUUGUUGAAGAUGCUUGCCAACCGCCGAGGUGGCUUCAAGUCUAUCGACGGUGAUGUUAGAUUCGGUUCUUUGACUUCCGAUGAGGCCCACGACUACCGCGGUCAGAUCGUUAUGAAUACUGAGGAGGAGCUGUUCUUCCCUAGUCUGACUGUCGGCCAGACCAUGGAUUUUGCCUGCAGGCUUAAGGUCCCCUUCAAGCUGCCGAACGGCGUGGAGUCUUCCGAAGCCUAUACCCAAGAAUCGAAGGAAUUCCUCAUGGAGUCUAUGGGCAUCUCGCAUACCGUCGAUACCAAGGUUGGUAACGAGUUCGUUCGCGGAGUCUCGGGUGGUGAGCGUAAACGUGUCUCUAUCAUCGAGUGCAUGGCCACUCGUGGAUCCGUGUUUUGUUGGGACAACAGUACCCGUGGUUUAGAUGCUAGCACCGCUCUGGAGUGGACAAAGGCCAUCCGUGCUAUGACUGAUACCCUGGGUCUUUCAACAAUCGUAACCCUCUAUCAAGCAGGAAACGGAAUUUACGAGCAGUUCGACAAAGUUUUGGUCCUCGAUGAGGGCGAGCAGGUUUACUACGGUCCCCGUGCUGACGCACGCCCCUUUAUGGAAGAAGCUGGCUUCGUCUGCCGCGAGGGCUCUAACGUUGCUGACUUCUUGACCGGUGUGACUGUCCCGACAGAGCGCCGUAUUCGUGAAGGCUUCGAGAACCAAUUCCCUAGAAAUAAGGAGACUCUCCGCGAAGCCUACAAAAAAUCCACCAUCUUUGCCGAAAUGACCACCGAAUACGAUUACCCCGACUCUGAUAUUGCUCGUGAACGGACAAAGGAUUUCAAGGAAGGUGUCUCUUUUGAAACAUCGAAGCAACUCGCCAAGAAUAGUCCUUUUACUGUCGGCUUCAUCGAUCAAGUUAAGGCUUGUGUUUCGCGCCAGUAUCAGAUUCUUUGGGGAGACAAGGCGACUUUCAUCAUCAAACAAGUUGCAACUCUACUUCAAGCUCUGAUCGCCGGUUCUCUCUUCUAUAAUGCUCCCGACAACUCCAGUGGACUCUUCGUCAAAUCUGGUGCUCUUUUCUUCUCUCUUCUGUAUAACAGUUUGCUUGCUAUGUCUGAGGUCACCGACUCCUUCAGCGGUCGUCCUGUUCUUGUCAAGCACAAAGAAUUCGCUUAUUUCCACCCUGCAGCUUUCUGCAUCGCCCAGAUCACUGCUGAUAUCCCAGUUCUCUUGUUCCAAAUCAGCAUGUUCUCCCUCGUGGUUUACUUUAUGGUCGGUCUGACCAUGAGCGCUGGUACAUUCUUUACCUACUGGGUUAUGGUUUUCUGUACUACCAUGUGUAUGACUGCCCUGUUCCGAGCUAUUGGUGCCGCAUUCACCACUUUCGAUGGUGCUUCCAAAGUUUCCGGUUUCCUCAUCUCUGCUCUCAUCAUGUACAAUGGUUACAUGAUUAGCAAGCCUGAGAUGCACCCCUGGUUCGGUUGGAUCUUCUGGCUCGAUCCCUUGGCCUAUGGUUUCGAGGCCCUGCUUUCCAAUGAGUUCCAUGGCACGCAAAUCCCCUGCGUCAACAGCAAUCUUGUUCCAAACGGCGUAGGCUAUAACGACUCAGCUCACCAGGCUUGCACUGGUGUUGGCGGAGCGGAGCCGGGUGCCACCUUCGUGACUGGAGAUCAAUACCUUAGUUCACUUUCCUAUAGCCACUCCCAUCUCUGGCGCAACUUCGGCAUAAACUGGGCCUGGUGGGUUCUGUUUGUCGCCAUUACAAUCUAUUCUACAACUAAAUGGAAGUCUCCUUCCGAGAGCGGCAGCUGUCUCGUCAUUCCCCGUGAGCGACUUGCCCAGCAUCAGAAGAACUCUCACAACAAGUACGAUGAGGAGGCUGCCAUCUCUGAGAAAGCUAGCAAGCCUUCCGAGGGCGAUGCUCAUGAUGAGUCAAACAACAUCGAUGGUCAGCUGGUCAGGAACACCUCUGUCUUUACCUGGAAGAAUCUAUGCUACACUGUGAAGACCCCAACUGGCGACCGUCUCCUUCUUGAUAACGUUUUUGGAUGGGUCAAGCCUGGUAUGUUGGGUGCUCUGAUGGGCUCAUCUGGUGCGGGUAAAACCACUCUCCUUGAUGUCUUGGCCCAACGCAAGACUGACGGCACUAUUAAUGGCUCUAUCUUGGUUGAUGGCCGAGAGUUACCUGUUUCAUUCCAGCGUUCUGCCGGUUACUGUGAACAACUUGACGUCCUCGAACCUUUUGCCACUGUCCGCGAGUCCCUUGAAUUUUCCGCCUUGCUUCGACAGGAUCGAAAUAUUCCGGACGAAGAGAAGCUUCAAUAUGUAGACACGAUUAUUGACCUGCUCGAAUUGCACGACCUCGCCGAUACUCUAGUUGGACGUAUCGGUGCUGGUCUAAGCGUUGAGCAGCGUAAGCGUGUCACUAUUGGUGUUGAGCUAGUCUCCAAACCAAGUAUCUUGAUCUUCCUUGACGAACCUACCUCUGGUCUUGAUGGACAGUCCGCAUACAACACAGUUCGCUUCCUCCGUAAGUUGGCUGAUGUUGGUCAGGCUGUCCUGGUUACCAUUCACCAGCCUUCGGCCCAAUUGUUCGCAGAGUUCGACACCCUGCUUUUGCUUGCAAAGGGUGGUAAGACUGUGUACUUUGGAGACAUCGGAGACAACGGAUCGGUUGUUAAGGAAUAUUUCAGCCGUUACGGUGCCCCAUGUCCCACCGAAGCCAACCCUGCCGAACAUAUGAUCGACGUCGUCUCUGGUACUCUCAGCCAGGGAAGAGAUUGGAACAAGGUCUGGCUGGAAUCGCCAGACUACACAAAAGCUGUCCAGGAACUUGACCAAAUUAUCGAAACUGCUGCAUCUAAACCACCUGGUACCACUGAUGACGGCGAAGAGUUUGCUACUACGCUUUGGACCCAGAUAAAAAUGUGCACAGCGCGCAUGAGCACAGCCUUGUACCGCAACUGCGACUACGUUAAUAAUAAAAUGGCCCUCCACAUUGGAUCUGCUCUCUUCAACGGAUUCUCCUUCUGGAUGAUCAAAGACAGCGUUUCUAGCCUGCAACUCCGUCUCUUCACCAUUUUCAACUUCAUUUUCGUCGCACCCGGUGUCAUUGCCCAGCUUCAGCCUCUCUUCAUUGAGCGGAGAUCAAUUUACGAGCAGCGCGAGAAGAAAUCCAAGAUGUAUUCCUGGAUUGCUUUCGUCACAGCACUUGUCGUAUCUGAGAUCCCAUACCUGAUUAUCUGUGGUGUCUUGUACUUCGUUUGCUGGUACUACACUGUCGGAUUCUCCCACGCCUCAGACAGAGCCGGCGGUACCUUCCUGGUCAUGUUCUUCUACGAAUUCGUCUACACAGGUAUUGGUCAGUUCAUCGCCGCCUACGCCCCCAACGCCACAUUCGCUAGCCUAGUGAACCCCCUCGUCAUCGGAACCCUCGUCUCCUUCUGCGGUGUCCUGGUUCCAUAUGCCCAGAUCCAAGAGUUCUGGCGCUACUGGAUCUACUGGAUGAACCCUUUCAACUACCUGAUGGGUGGCAUGCUAGUCUUCAGUCUAUGGGACGAGCCCGUAAACUGCAAGGAAAGCGAAUUUGCCAUAUUUGAUCCUCUAAACGGCUCCACCUGCGCCGAAUACCUGAAGAACUUCUUGGAAACAACUGGCAGCUCCAUGAACCUGGUCAACCCCGAUGCCACCGAGAGCUGCCGUGUCUGCGAGUACAAGAGCGGAAGUGACUACCUGUACUCGAUCAACCUGAAGGAGUAUUACUACGGAUGGCGGGACAUGGCCCUCACCGCCCUCUUCGCUGUUAGCUCGUACUGUCUUGUUUUCUUGCUGAUGAAAUUGCGCACGAAGGCUUCUAAAAAGGCUGAGUGA